AGAAACUGAAAUAAUUUUGAAUCAGGAGGUUGCAGAGUUAAAAUGGCUUCGAAAGAGCAGGUCGAGAGUUGGACCGAGGAGGUCGUUUGUCCUAUCUGCCUGCAUUUCUCCACCAAUCCCGUGUCACUGGAAUGUGGGCACAACUUCUGCCGCACCUGUAUCACUCAGUUUUUGGAUAGGGACAGGAAAGGGAGAAAUACCUGUCCUGAAUGUAGAGAGGAGUUCGCAGACCGCACCUUCCGGGUGAGCCGGGCCUUGGCCAGAGUGUCUGAGAAAGCUCGAACACUGAGCCUGAAUCAGAAACAGAAGGAAAGUAAACUUCACUGCGCGAUACAUCACGAAGAACUGAAGCUGUUUUGUGAAACUGACAACAAGCUGAUCUGUCUGAUUUGUGCAACUGGACAGGAACACAAGUCUCACAGCUUCAUACCGGUUAAAGAAGCUGCUGAAAUCGACAAGGUAAAAAAACAUCGACUUUGAUCGCAUUUUUGUUGAAUAAUAUAGUUAUUUUCUGAUUCUCCAAACCAUGUUAUGGGUCAGUCUGAAGAAGAGUCUCGACCCGAAACGUCACCCAAUCCUUCUCUCCAAAGAUGCCCUGUCCCGCUGGGUUACUCAUGUUUUCUGUGUCUAUUUCAGGUUCAGGUUAAAUCCUCCUUCGAUUAUCUCACAAAAAGGGAAUCAGAGAUCCAGCAAGUGGAGCAGCAACAGCUACUGAAGAUUUCAACUGUUCUGGUGAGGCUUUCCAGUUUCGAUUACCCGAUCGUGUACAUUUGAUUAAUGGAAUGCGUGUAAUAAUAGGGCUGCGUAGUGGAGAAAGUAUUGUCACUAUUUCCUAGUUCAGGUGGCCAGGUUGGAUCAUGACCUCGGGUGCUGUCUGUGUCGUCGCGUCGGAUUCCCUCCACAUUCUAAAGACCCGCUGGUUGGAUGGUCAGUCUAUAAAUUAUCCCAGGGAAAAUGGGUGCUGGACAAAUGGAAGUGAAUUAAUACUCGUGUGGAAGGGAAUGGACCGCGGAG